AUGCCUUCCUUCCGCGUCAAGGCCCGGUUCUGGAAAAGGUCUCGGUCAGAUGGAGCGGCGCCUGUGGAGCGGAAAAUCAGCCAACACGAGAACACCCAUGACCAGCAGAAAGACAGUCAUCAGCAGAGCAGCCAUGCACUAGAAAAAUGUCAGCAGUCGACAUCGACUACAUCGGACCCCCCAGAUCUGUGGUCGGAGGCGGAGAAACGACUGCGCCAGGACGAAAAGAUGAGCCGAGUGAUGGACGAAGCCGUCGAGAUUCUGGAGGAGUUUGGAAUGAAAGUCGGAUCGUACGCCACAGCGGACCGUCAACAGCUCAGCGAGUUUCUCGACACUAGGGUCGACGAACUGGAGCAGAAGAAAUGGAUUGUCCGGGUGGGCGGCCACAGCAUCGGAGUUCAGGACCAGCUCACCCGGAUAUUCAAGAAUGUUCUGGUGGUCAAGGACAUCGUCACGACUGCGGCCGCUGCGAGUCCCCCAGCCGCCAUAGUCUGUGCCAGUAUGACAGUCAGCAUACAUCUUUACAUCCAGGCGGUUGAGCAGCAUGACCAACUUCUGAACGGAUUAGAGACAGCGUCAAACCUCAUACCCCGUCUCCACGCGAUGGAAACCCUCUACUUGCAUUCGAAUGCCGUCCUGGACAAGAACUUCAUGAACAAAUUUAGGGAGAGAAUGAUUAUCCUGUACUCCAAGGUGCUGGAGCUUCAGGCGCGGGCGUUGUCCUAUCUAAGAAAGCGCUCGGUCUCCCGCAUCUCCCGGGAUAUUCUAAAACAAGAUCCAUGGCAGGCGUUGUUGCAAGACAUGAAAAAUCUUGAACGCGAAGCACAGAAUUUCACAGCCCUAAUUGACAAAGCGGAGCUGAAUGAAGCUUAUGAGAAAGUCCACCGAAAGCUCCAAACGGCGGUGGAUGGCUUCCAGGCGUGGCAGACCAAGUCAAGUCGUGACGAAAAGGUAAAGAAAUUGUUCAAAAUGCUCUAUACCUCUCCGUACCGGGACCGGAAGGAUCGAAACGCGAAGAAUGUACCGGGGACAUGCGGUUGGUUUACCGGCCAUCCUCGAUUUCGAGCCUGGAUUGAAAGUGACCAGCAGAGCCUUUUGUGGGUGUCGGCAGAUCCGGGAUGUGGAAAGUCGGUCUUAACACGACACCUGGUGGAUGAAGCCCUUGUAACCGCCGCCGGGGAGAGAACCAUCUGCUACUUUUUCUUCAAAGAUGAUUUCGAGGAUCAGAAAAGCUCGACCAGCGCAAUCGCCUCUGUACUGCGGCAACUGUUUUUGGUCAAACCACAUCUUCUGCCAGACUCUGUACUGGACCGAAUUGAUACGGACGGGGAGCGACUGACCCAGUCCUUCGACCAGUUGUGGAGUAUUUUUGUAUCUGUCGCCGCGAACCCCGAUGCUGGAGAGGUUGUCUGCAUAUUCGACGCGUUGGACGAGUGCCAGGAUAAUGAUCAGCAUCCUGACCGGAGUCAAUUCAUGGAAGCUGUAGCAAAAUUUUACGCAGACAGCCACCAAACGUGCAAAUUAAAGUUUCUGAUGACUAGCAGACCAUAUUGGGACAUACGCGGCGCUUUCCAGGAGCUAGAAGACCGGCUGCCCACUAUACAUUUGAGCGGCGAAGGAGAGCCUGAGGUGGAGAACAUCUCGCGCGAGAUCGACCUUGUGAUUGCAAGCAGAGUGCAAGAUAUCAGCAAGAAGAAAAGCCUGGACCUAGAGGAGGGGCAGUUCCUGCAAGAACAGCUCACAGCCAGGCCGAAUCGGACAUAUCUCUGGGUCAGCCUUACCCUGAACUUCAUAGAGGGGAUUCCUGGGUUCACAAAGGGCAAUGUCCGUCGAGCAGUGCAUGAUGAGAUACCUGACACUGUGGACGGUGCUUACAACAAGAUCUUGAAUAGGAGUCCCGACAAAGCUAAAGCAAGACGGUUAUUGCACAUCAUCACAGCCGCGAAACGGCCGUUAACUUUGCAAGAGCUCUCGCUGUGCAUGGCAUUGAGGGGAGAAAACCAAUCCAAGCAGGACAUCAUGGACGAGACAGAGCCAGUCCACCGAUUUAAGCACACCGUCAGAGACCUCUGCGGUCUGCUGUUGGCGAUCGUCGGUGACAAGAUUUAUCUCCUUCAUCAGACCGUAAAGGAGUUCCUGGUCCAGCCCCAGCCGCCACUGUCACAGACACUGUCGCAGAACAGUUGGAAACAUGCGCUUGCACCAACAGAAUCAGACAAGGUCCUCGCAGAAAUCUGUGUUUGGUAUCUUCUUGCUCAUGUGGAUGGGGCCGAAAUGUACACGCUCGACGAAUAUUCGGCGCGCUACUGGCCAGCUCAUUUCCGAGAAGCAUUGAUUGACAGUCAGGACAAGAUGACCAUACUAGGUGGCCGCCUUUGCACAACAGAGACCAACAUCUACCAUUUCUGGUCGGAGAAAUAUAAAGAAGAAAUACUCUUUUGGGAAGAGUUCCCCUCUAAUGCGACACCCCUUAUCGUUGCAGUGGCUUUGAGACUUGAAGCGGUUGCUCGCCUGCUUCUGGAGACAGAACCAGCGAAGGCAGACUACAAGGAUGCAGACGAACGGACGGCGCUUUCAAGGGCUUCUCAGUAUGGACUUGAAUCCACAGUCAAUCUCUUGCUCAAGACUGAAAAAGUGGACCUGAACUCAAAGAACUCGUUGAACCGAACACCUCUUCACUUCGCUACAUCAAAGGGGCAUAUAUCUGUGACUAAGCUCUUGAUUGAAACUGGAAAAGCAGAGGUUGACUCAAAGGAUUUAGGCGGAUAUACACCUCUUCACUUCGCUGCGUCAAACGGGCAUGUGUCUGUGGCUAAGCUCUUGAUUGAGACUGGAAAGGCAGACGUGAAUGUGAAGAAUAUACGUGGAGAAACACCUCUUCACUUUGCUUCACAAAAAGGGCAUGUAUCUAUGGCUAAGAUCUUGAUUGAGACUGGAAAGGCAGACGUCAACUUGAAGAAUCAACGCGGAGAGACAGCUCUUUUCUAUGCUUCGAUAUACGGGGAUGAAUCUCUGGUCAAGUUCUUGAUUGAGAGUGGAAAGGCAGACGUGAAUUUGAAGAACCGAUACGGACAAACACCCCUGUUCUAUGCUUCGGGAGAGGGAAAUGAAUCUGUGGUCAAACUGCUGCUUCGCACUGCGGAUGUGGAAAUCGAUUCCCAAGACUCUGAGGGUCAAACGCCCCUCUCGUGGGCCGCAGAGAACGGGCAUCAGAGGGUAAUCACGUUACUACUGGAGACGGGGGCAGUACAGAUGGACGCUGAGGAUGAGCUUGGUCAGCGUUUGCUUUCAUGGGCUGUGGAGGAGGGACAUGAAGCUGUAGCGCAGAUGCUGCGGAAAGCAAUAAAGACCCAGAUUCACUGA